AUGGUGUUUUGGAAUGAGAGUAGUGAUUGCUACUUGUGGGAGGGGGUCACAUGCGACUGGUCGAAUGGUCAUGUGAUUGGACUUGACCUCAGUUGCAGCCACCUUCAGGGCACCAUCCAACCCAACACCACCCUCUUCCACCUUCGUCACCUCCAAACCCUCAAUCUUGGCUUCAAUGACUUCAAUUUCUCUACAAUUUCACGUGAUUUUGGCUCAUUUCCAAGUUUGACCCAUCUCAACCUCUCUUACUCUAAUUUUACUGGCCGAAUUUCUUCAAAAAUCUGCCAUCUGUCCAAAUUGGUUUCCCUUGACCUCUCUUUUAUGAAUUAUAAUCCUUAUGGUUAUUCUUCUUCUCCUCCGUCUUCGCAAUUGUCAACUGGUGGGAAAUUCUCAGAAAACAUUUUUCACUUUUCAAACCUACGAGAGCUCUAUGUAUGGGGAAAUCGGGACCUCAUAGGUAAAUUUCCAUACUUUGAUGCAACUAGUUCCCUUCAGUUUCUUGUACUUGGCGACGUAAGUUUUUCUGGCCAAUUGCCUGAAUCAAUCAGCAAUCUUAAAGCCUUGAAUAUUUUGUCCCUCUUCUACUGCAACCUUUCAGGGUCCAUUCCAGCUUCUGUUUGGAACCUUACAAAAACCACCGAUUUACAGUUCUCGUCUAAAAGUUUCAGCGGUCAAAUCCCCUCAUCAAUGUCAAACCUUGCAAAGCUUAAUAGCUUGUAUCUUUCCGGAAACAAUUUGAACGGACAAAUACCGGAUUCCCUUGGCAACAUGAGCCAACUUACUAACUUGGAUCUUUCCGGAAACAAUUUGAACGGUCAAAUACCGGAUUCCCUUGGCAACAUGAGCCAACUAACUUCUCUCUAUUUGAAUUAUAACUCACUCAAUGGGACAAUACCAUCUUCGUUGUUUGCUCUGCCUUCACGGGUUGAGAUAGAAUUGAGAAACAAUAAGCUACAUGGACCAAUUCCAGGAUUAGUUUAUGAACUCCAGAACCUAACAUGCUUGUGGGUUUCAUCAAAUAACUUAAGUGGUGUAGUGGAUCUAGAUAAGCUUCUAAAGCUUAAAAAUCUGAUCUUUCUUGAUCUCUCAUAUAAUGGUCUCUCAUUGAACAUCAACAACAAUGUCAACUCUACCUUGACCAACUUUGACACUGUAGGAUUAGCUUCUUGCAACUUGAGAGAAUUCCCAAACUUCUUGAGAGAACAAGCCAAAUUGCGUUCUCUAGACCUUUCAAACAACCAAAUUCAUGGUGAAGUUCCAAAAUGGUUAUUCAAUGUGGGGAAAGAUUCAUUGCAAAAUUUAGAUCUUUCAGAUAAUUUCCUUACAAGUUUAGAGCAUCUUCCAUGGAAGAAUCUACAGUAUAUUGACUUGCACUCCAACUUACUCCAAGGACCACUCCCUGUUCCACCUAACACCACAAUUGUUUUCUCUAUCUCAAACAAUAAAUUAAGCGGGGAAAUCCCUCCAUUGAUUUGCGGUCUGAGUUCACUUCAAUUUCUUGAUCUGUCUAAUAACAGUUUGAGUGGCUUGAUUCCACAAUGUUUGGGAAACUUGAGCAAUAGUCUCUCGGUGCUGAAUUUAGGGAUCAAUAGCUUUUCUGGCACCUUUAUUGCAACAUUUACCAAAGGCAAUUCGCUAAGGAAUCUUAACUUGAAUGGCAACCAAAUUGAAGGACAAGUUCCGCGAUCUUUGCUCAAUUGUGAAUACUUGGAAGUUCUAGAUCUUGGAAAAAACAAGAUAAACGAUACAUUCCCUUACUGGUUGGAAACUCUUACAGAAUUGCUGGUUCUUGUCUUGAGAUUUAAUAGGUUUCAUGGUCACAUAGGCACCUCCAAGACCAAAGGCAAACAUCCUUUUCCUAAGUUGAGAAUUAUUGACAUAUCUUGCAAUGAGUUCACUGGCCUUUUGCCAACAAAUUAUAUCAAACAAUUUGGAGCUAUGAUGAAUGUUGAUGAACAUGAAAUGAAAUUGAAAUACAUGGGUGAUAGCUAUUAUCAAGAUUCUGUGGUGGUGAUGAUUAAACGAUAUGAGAUUGAAUUAUCAAGAAUUUUAAAAGUCUUAUCAAUCAUUGAUUUUUCAAGAAAUAAAUUCCAAGGAGAGAUUCCGAAAUCCAUUGGGAGGCUUAAUUCACUUCGGGGUCUUAACUUAUCCCAUAACAACCUUGAAGGCCGCAUUUCAACUUCACUUGGAAAUUUGAAAAACCUUGAAUCAUUGGGUCUUUCCUCAAACAAGUUUGUUGGGGAGAUUCCUCAACAAUUGAAAAGUUUGAUGUUUCUUGAGGUACUAAACCUUUCGGACAACCAACUAGCGGGACCAAUUCCUCAAGGAAGCCAGUUUAAUACAUUUGAAAAUGAUUCAUAUAGUGGGAACUUGGCUUUAUGUGGAAUCCCCUUGUCAAAGAAAUGCAAGGAACUACAGGCACUGCCACCGCCACCAACAAUCCAACAAGACAAGAAUUCAGACAAGUCAAGUGGAUUUACCUGGCAAGUUGUAGUGAUGGGGUAUGGAUGUGGCUUUGUAUUUGGAAUGAUUAUGGGAUAUCUUAUGUUUCUAACUCGAAGUCCAGAAUGGCUGAUGAAAAUUGUUCAAGGAAAACAAUAUAAAAAGGUGAAAAGGUCCAAGAAGAGUGCCAACUGAUGCUGUAAAGGAAGAAAUCAACAAAAACAAAUGGCGUCAUUUAGGUAAGUAGAAUUUGUUUUUAAAGCAUUACUUUGUUGAAUUAUCUUUUAUGGUUUCUAUGUAUAUGCGAUUAUUAAGUUGCUAAUGUGUUUAUUUCAAAACUAGAUCUGUUCCAUUAAGUAGCACAAUAAGGCAAUGGUGUCCACUUGAAGGGGUGUCUCAUGUAGCUGUUACAUUUGACUCCAUGUGCAUCCGGAUAGCAGCUAUACAGAAUCACUUCCAAAGAUUUUACCAUUGUUGCUGUAUUGAGUUCUAAAGCUUUGUUAAGCUGUUUAGUUUUCUUAAAGCACGAGUUAAAUAAGAGUUGCAUAUCAUGACUCUUUCUUGUUUCUUUUCUCGCAUCAUGUAGCAACCUUUAAAGAUUUGUACUUUUUGUAUAUAGCUACUUUUAAAUUGGAUUUCAGUCAAACUUGGC